AUGCUGACGACAUCACCAGCAGCAGCAGCAGCAGCAGCAGCAACAGCAGCAGCAGCAGCAGCAGUUGUAGUAGUGGUGGUUGUGGUGGUGGUGGUGGUUGCUGUUAUGUUGCUGUUGAUUGGGCAGCAGCAAAAGGAGCAGCAGCAGCAGCAGCUGCUGCUGCUGCUGAUGAUGAUGAUGUUGCUGCUGUUGCUGCUGCUGGUGUUUUUGCUGUUGUUGCUGUUGCUGCUGCUGCUGCUGCUGCUGCUGCUGCUGCUGUGCCUGGCUGGUGGAAGCCUGAUAUUUGCAGCAGCAGCAGCAACUGUAGCAGCAGCAGCAACGGCAGCAGCAGCAGCAACAACAACAACAGUAGGAGCAACAACAGCAACAGGAACAGCAACAGCAGCAGCAACAGCAGCAGCAGCAGCAGCAGCAGCGCCGCCGACGUCGUUGCCACAGCAGCAGCAGCAACAACAACAGCCCUAUUAUCAUCAACAGCAGCAACAGCAGCAGCAGCAGCAGCAGAAACAACAGCAGCAGCAGCAGCAUCUCCAUCAUCAGCAGCAGCAGUGA